UUUACCGACACGUACUUUUUCUAUUAUUGUCCAAGCAUCGGCGUAAGAGAGUCAUACUGUGACCCGAGUAUCGAUCCAUUGAUUAUCAACGAGACAACGUACAACCUGACCUCUUUCCAGCCACGAUUAAAAAUCAAACUGCCAUGCCAGGUCUACGAUGGCGGCGUAUACUGCGAGGAAGAUUUCAUGUCUGACACAUCCAGCCGAAUCCAGUGCAUAGGCAAGGAUACCUAUGCCCGGGGAUUCUCGGAAAGUUUCCUGACGAUGACCGUGUCCCUGCACACAGUCUGGUGCCUGGGCUUGCUCACUAUGCAUCAUCUGACUAUGCGAAGGCCUCGAGUCUUGAGCUCUCAGCAACAGAGGAGGUCUGGUACGCGAUUGGGUGUAAUUAGAGGGAGUUGUGAUUUGGCGUAUGCGGUAGAAGAAAAGCUCGGUAGGGAACGGGCGCAGAUGUUGCGUACAAGACUUCGAUAUCGAGAUUGCUGGGAGUCUGGGGAUGAUGGUGCAAGGGUAACUACUGCUAGGACUUGAGAUGUGGUUUAGCAUUAUGCAGAGAUAAUGGUUAGACUAGAUGUUCAUCUCAUAACAUCAACUUGCUCUGCGCUUGGGA